GCCUUCCUCCAACGCGGGACGGAAAUAAACAAAGCCAUCGCAAUCUGGAAGGAAAGAAGAACUCGUACUGGAGGAACUGUUUUUUUAAACGCGCGCCCUGACUCUUUGUGCCGUGACCGUGGUUUGACGGAGCAGAACAUCUGGAGGAGACGCGGCUCGUGUCAACAGCUGGUUGGUGAAGCUAACGCUCGCCGAGCAGCAGAAGCUAGCAGCGGACAGGCUCAGUUGGCGCCUUUUGGAUGAAGAGGACAUAAGAAAAGUCACAGUGAUCAACAACAUGGACGUUAGCACACGUGACCCGCCCAGCACCGAGCCACACGACGCCGCAGCUUCUGAUCACUCCUCUGACGAUGAGCCGCUCAUCAAGAAGAAAACAAAGCUUGCAGCUAAAAAACCUGUGAAAAAAGCAAACGCAUCCAGAUCCAGAAGCACAAAAAAGAAAGCAGAUCCGGAACCGAACGACAGCUCUGACAACGAGCCUCUCGUUAAAAUCACCAAAACGGCAAAGAAGCCGUUCUCAGCGCCUCCAAAAAAAUCUGUUGACACAGAGAAGAAAGCUUCGGAUCCCUCCUCAGAUGACGAGCCGUUGGUCAAGAUGAAAACAAGGAAACCAGAGAAAAAAGAAAACGCAUCGUCCAGAUCCUCCCGAUCUAAUGGCACAAAGACGAUUGCAGCGUCUGAUCACUCCUCCGAUGACGAGCAGCUGAUCAAGAUGAAAACAAAGUUCGCAUCUGCUAAGAAAUCAGGAAAAAAGGAAAACGCAUCAUCCAGACCCAACGACUCAAACAGCAACAAUACAGACGACAGCUGUGACGAUGAGCCUGUGAAGAAAAUCGCCAAAGUGACUUCGAAAACUGCAAAGAAGUCUCCGAAAAGAUCUGUUAAAACAAAGAAAAAAGAAGCAGAAUCCGCGGACGAUGAUAGUUUGGAUGAUGAGCCUCUGAGUGAAACUGCCAAGACACUUAAAUCCAGACGUCAGCCAAAAAGAUCGCCUAGAAAAGGAAACCCGGUCGUGAAAUCCCAAAGGACGGCAGCGAGGAAAAAAGUUAAAUAUGCAGAAGCAUCCAGCGACAGCUCAGAGGAUGUUCCACUGGCAGCAAUAACAAGGAAGAGGACAAACCCUGCACCGGCCAACGACAAGACAACUAAAUCAAAUCAGACAGACAAUUCACCAGAAGGUGUGGAGGGCUUUAUUAGACUGACCAGAAACAGCAGCUCGGACGACGAUGACGAGCCCUUGGCGAAACUUAAAGCCAAUAAGAAGAAACCAGUGAAGAAAAACACAAAGAGGACAACUGCAGCGCGAGGUGCUGCCUCCAAAAAGAGACAAGAACCGGCGAAUGCAAGCUCAGGCGACGAACCCUUGAUAAGCCUUGUGAAGAAGAACCACACAGACGAAGAGAGGAAAACCAAAACACAAUCUAAGACCCAGAGGAACACAAAGAAGCCAAGAAAGACGAGUGUGUCAGGGUCAUCAAGCGAUGGUUCUGACGACGACACAAUCACAGCAGCUAAACACCCUCAGGUGACCAAACUCCUGAAGAUAAUACUGGAGAGGUGUGACAGUGACGACGCCGGACCAACGGGAAGCUCGGACCAAACCGGAACAGCAGAAACAGUGGCCGCUGAAGGGAGUCCUUCAAAGGAAGAAUCAGAGGGUUCAAAGGAAGAAUCAGAGGGUUCAAAGGAAGAGUCAGGAGAAGAGUAGGCAGCAGAUGUGACAUUGUGGAAGAAAAGGCACAUCGGCACCUUUCAGUUUCUGGUCUUGGAAGUUGGUACCAAUUAGUUUGAGGAAUUUACCAAAAGGUUCUAAAUCCCAAGAUUAAUCCCCUUAACAUCACAGUUAAUGUUUAUACAGUAUGAAGUUAGUGUUUAUACAGUAUGAAGUUGAUGUAUGUUUUAUAUAUGAAUAUAUUCAUGUUUAUUUAAGUAAUUCUACUCCAGUUUUAAGGUUUGGGACCAGGUUCCUGAAAGAUGAAAUGCACAGUCUUUAAGGGUGUUUUACUAUUGGUGCCUUUUUAUUUGCAUUGGCUGUUUCCUCUGGUUUUAACACUUGUUAAUGUUCGGUAUAUUUUUGUUUUCAUAUUGUGUGUACACUCGGCAUGAGGCAGUGGAAAUCUGUAGGGAUGGAUUAAACUGCUCAGAUGAA